GUUAAGUUCCAAGUGUGUCUUUCACUCUGAACUGAACAACACACACCAAACAGGUCAGCAAUAAUUCUUGUGAUUGCGGCUAUUGGUAGAGCGGUCUUGGUGGAGGUUGAAGCACAUAUUUGUAAAGUUUCAGCUUUGGCGAACCUCACAGAAGUAGCCAUGUGGUCCAAUUUCUUCAUGCAGGAAGAAGAGGGGAGGAUAGGAUCUGGGGGUAUGGGUCCGUCGGAUGCAAGGACCACCACGAUGGCGAUGCUAAAGGGGGCCCGUGGCGCAAAGAGAAGGGCACAAGCCACGUCCAAGAUGAGCGACAGCCAAGAGGGAAAAAUCAAGCUCGCAUUUUUCGUGGCCAUUGUGGGUGUGACUCUGACCGUCCUGGGCGUGGGCACCGAGUUCUGGGUGGAGUUGGCCCCGCCCAAGAGCUUCUACAACAACCAGACGUGUCUGACCGCUCAUUACGGACUGUGGAAAAGUUGCAUGCGGACGCUGUGGGUGUCGGACAUUGACCCGGAGAGGGAGAGCUGUGGGCCUGCUGAGCUGCCUGGAGAAUCAAAUUGCACGUACUUCAAGUUCUUUACCUCUGGAGAGAAUGCCGUUAUUUUUAAGAAGACCACAACAAAAAACCUGAACAUCACAGCAGCUGUCUUCGCCCUCCUCAGUCUCUUCAUGAUGGUCACAGGCUCCAUCUGCAUCUCCAUGUCCCUCAGCAAAGGGGUGCCAUUCUUCCUAAAGCCUGCAUCUUUCUGCUUCAUUGUAUCAGGUAUUCUGGUCUUUCUGACUCUUAUAAUCUUCCACCAGUCGGUUCUCUCCCUGGUGGCCAGUGACCACUCAGUCCCACUGCACCAUGACCUCUCCUGGUCAGCAGCCUGUGUGGGGUCAGCGGGAGCCAUAGUAAUCCUGGCCGGAAUCAUCUUCGUCAUCCUCUCCCUCCCGCACAGUCCCUGGGAAAAAUGUCUGCCGCACAAUCGCAGCGACACCUAGCCGUUUGCAAUGUGCUGUGUUUCAUGUUGUGUCAUAUUAUCAUUAUUAUUAUUAUUAUUAUUAUUAUUAUUCAUUAAGACAUAGAUGGACAUACUGACAGACUGACUGAUAGGGUUACACUAUAUUCACUUUAAAAAGUUGACAAGGAUAGAGAAACAGAUACGACCCCUCCUUAGCUUUAUAGUAUAUAUAAGAGACCGAGCAAGUCUAAGCAUAGUAUAUAUUAAACUUGUGAUGUUUCAUUUCUGUUAUGCAUUUUAUAAACAGUGUUAUAUAACCAGAGGCACUCACAGAAGUAUGGUGUUUACUGCAUCAUAAUGCUACAGCCCAGCUAACAAAAGGUGCCAGUUCCAUCAAAAUGCAAUAUUUAUUUGUGAGGGAAAGGUUAAAAGGUGAAAAGAGGUUAAAAUGUGAUUUGAUUGGGUACACAUAUGAUAUGUAACAUAUUUGUCUUGGUGUUAUCUACUGGCCAAGAGCAGGGGUGGGCAUUUCCAGUCCCGGAGGGCCAGUAUGUAUGCAGGGUUUUUUUUUCACCAAUUACCCUGGCUAUAUAGGCUGGUUCACUCGUACUUAGAUUAGAUCAGAAUAAAACACUUUCUACAGGGACACAAGAACAGUCUAUGGCAUAAAUGUUAGGGCUAAUUAAGUAACCAAGGCCAGAGGUCAGCAUGAAAACCAGAAACAGUUACGACCCUCGUUACCCACUUCUGGCCAAGAGCUGAAUUAUUAUUAUGAAGAAGCUGGACUUAUGUGUUAGGAGAGACAGAUGGCACUUUUUUGAUAACUUUGGCCAUCCUAUGUGCACCACACUCUACACCACACAGAUAUAGAAAGUUCGAAUCACAAGCAAAUCAUAAGCCACAGGUGGCUAACCUCGGUUCUAGAAAGCUAAUAUGUUUUUUGUUUUUUUUGGUUGAUCCAACAUUUUACAUAGUCAGUCCCAAUACCCAUAUAUUCACAGUAUUAAUAAUUAAUCAUUAGACCAGUGAAAUUGGCAAGGAUUUCAGCACUCCAAGAGAGGGGUUGUCCAUUCCCACUAUUACACAAUGCUUGGUAAUACUGACAGUGACAAAUGCAGACAGUGAAUAACUGCAGACUGACCCAUACCAAAGCCUUAAUAUAAAGAACAUAUGCCUUGUGCAAAAUGUUUGUUAUAUAUCAUAUGCACAUUUUGUUCAAGUUCAGUACGAUGCCAUGCACAUUCUGUGUGCAUACAAUGUAUUAAAAUACAGUGUUAUAUUUGGCAGAGUAAGUUACUGAAAAUCACUUUGCAAGCACAGCUCUGUAUAUACAUAUAUAUACAUGUUUAUAUUUUACUGAGAAGUGUGACUGUGAGGGUGGAACUGAGGGAAAUCUUACAUAAUGUGUCCCAAAACCACCCCAAUUUUAUUUGCAAUAUAUCCAAGUGCUUUUUCAUUUGUGAUGUCAUGUUUGCUAUGUCUAGAGAACGAAUCUUGAAAAUAUAUUAGCUAAAUGUUAUGUUUCUAUCUCUCUAUGUAUUUGUGUGUCUCUGGGUUGAACAGUGAUUUAAUUUGAAAAUGAAUGUGUUUAACAUGCAGCAAGGAACUUUUGAGCAGGUUAGUGUUUUUAUGCUUUUUUCCUAAAAAUGGUAAACAAAUAAGUUUGAGACUGCCUGUGUCCUCAUUGUAUGGUUCACUUUUUGACACAUUUCCUCUAUAUAAAAUUGAUCAAUCAUUAAAUUUCACAUACUCUUUCAAUAUA